AUGGUCGCCAAAUUUCAAUUGCGAAACCACUCCCCGCCGACCUACCGGGUGCUAGCACUGCUCGUCGUCUUUGUGGUGCUUUCUGUUCUACUACUACGUGAUGAUGCGGUACAUCUUGAGGACGUCCCUAGCAGCAACGAUGAUAUCGUCAAGCCCAUUAAGACAAGCUAUGACUGGUCUGCACACCCGCAAAAGCAUCCAGUUCCUUUGGCUGAGAUGACAAGGCUCCCCAACGGCCAACCCCUCGCGCUUCCAAAGAUUCAAUACGAGUUCGCUGCGGACCGUUCAGACAGCCUGAAGAAGAGAGGUAUCGGCCUCGAUAUCGGGCUCAUGGCGUCCCGCCGCAAUGAAGUACGCAACGCCUUCAAGAAGAGUUGGCGUUCAUACACUAGGCACGCCUGGGGUUAUGAUGAAUUGCAGCCCCUUUCAUUGAGGGGCAAGAACCGCUACAACGGAUGGGGUGCCACUCUGGUUGACUCCCUCGACACUCUUUGGUUGAUGGGCAUGUACGACGACUUCAACGACGUCGUCCAGUACAUCAGCACAAUUGACUGGAAUAACGCAACCGAGACGAGAUGCAACAUCUUUGAGACGAACGUCCGGUACCUUGGUGGACUCUUAUCCGCAUACGAUCUUAGCGAGGAGCAGAUUCUCCUGGACAAGGCCGUCGAGCUCGCCAACAUGCUCUAUGCGGCAUUCGACACACCGAAUCGCUUCCCACCUUACAGCUUCAGCUUCGAGGAGCUCAGAGCCGGGAAAAUCUUACCCGACCCCUACCAGAGCUCGGCCUCUAUUGGAAGCAUGUCUCUAGAAUUCACCAGACUCGCGCAGUUGACCGGGGACUUCAAGUUCUUCGACGCCAUCGAGCGCAUCAAGAAGGCCUUCGACCGUAUCCAAGACGAGACGCUGCUCCCUGGCAUGUGGCCAAAUUUUAUCAACGUCCGCGACGACUUCCAGACCACAAACAACGUCUUCAAGCUCGGCGGAGACGGCGAUUCGCUCUACGAGUACCUCCCCAAGAUGCAUGUCCUGCUCGGCGGCCUGGACAAUGCCUACGAGAAGAUGUACAGAGGCGUAGCGAAAGCGACCAAGGCCCACCUGCUGUACCGUCCCAUGACGCCGCAACAGGACGACAUCUUGCUUCUGGGCACUGCGAUCGUCAACGAGAAGCUCCGAAAGAUUGACCAACUUUCCCAGCUCGAGCACCUAUCCUGCUUCGCCGGCGGCAUGUUCGCCAUGGCCGGCAAGCUCUUUGAUAUCCCCGACGACGUGGACCUCGGCGACAGGCUCACGCGCGGGUGCGCCUGGGCGUACAAGUCCUUCAAGAGCGGUCUCAUGCCGGAGAAGUCUCAGGUCGUCAAGUGCGACACCGUGGACAUCUGCAAGUGGGACGAGCAGAAGUGGGUUGCGCAAAGCAGCCACCAUGCGCCUAGGGGAUUCUGGCGCGUCGACGACGCUCAUUACAACCUGCGACCCGAGGCCAUCGAGAGUCUCUUUGUGCUAUACCGGGUCACAGGCAAGGCGGACCUGUUGGACAUGGCGUGGGACAUGUUUGAGGCCGUCCAGAAGUCGACUCAGACAGACGACGCGCACGCCGUCGUUGUUGAUGUGACGUAUAACCAGUCGCGGCAGGAAGAUACCAUGGAGAGCUUCUUCUUCGCUGAGACGUUGAAGUACUUUUACCUCAUCUUCUCAGACCCGGAACUAAUGAGCUUGGAUGAGUGGGUUUUCAACACGGAGGCUCACCCUUUCAAAAGGCCGACGAAGUCUUGA